ACUGAGUGAGCCUCACUCAGUAAAUUGAAAUUAGUAAUUUUAUUCAGAUUAACUUCAUCAUGUAACUACAACUGUUAUCAGAUAAUUCCAAUCACUAGAAAUAUAUCAUCAAGUGUCAUCAUUAUUAGCUGUUUAUCAAGAUCUACUUAACUUGCACUAAUACUUUCAGUAUUUCAGUUAGUAGAAUGAGUUGAGCCUCCAAUACUCUGUACUUUAUUCAACUGUUCAUUCUAAGUUUCAUCUUGUGCCAAAUAACUAAAUAUUAGUUCGAUUUUGAUCGCUUCACUCUUUUCCUCAUUGAUAAGUUUGUUGGACAAAUAACAAUAAAUUAAAUUGUUUCAAUCGUUCUUAAAAUUUAGAGCUCAAAACUAAAUUUAGAUAUUAACUGCGAUCUUAACCUGGUGAUAAUAACAAAAUGUUGGCUUCGAGAAAGUUAGUCCAAUGUAUUUCCAGACGUUAUUUGUCUGUUUCUUCAACUCGAAUGUUGCAAUUCACUGAACAACAUGAUGAAUUACGAAGCACCGUUCGGAAGAUUGUAGAGAAAGAUAUCAAUCCAUUUGUGGAUCAAUGGGAAAAGGAAGGAAUGUUUGAUGGACACAAACUUUUUAAAACCUUAGGCUCAGCGGGUUUACUUGGUUUGACUCGAGAUCCCAAAUAUGGAGGCCAAGGACUAGAUUACUCCUUUACAGUUGCCAUGUAUGAAGAAUUCGGAUAUCACAUUAAUGCUGCAGGACCAUUAACCGGAAUCGGUGUUCAAGCUGACAUGGCAACACCAGGUUUAGCUAGGUUUGGUACUGAUGAAUUAAAGGCAGAAUUUUUAGCUCCAACAAUUGCUGGUGAUUAUGUUGCUUGUGUUGGUAUAAGCGAACCAGAGGGAGGUUCUGAUGUUGCCGCUAUUCGGACUACUGCCAAGCGUGAAGGUGAUGAUUUGAUUAUCAAUGGAGGUAAAAUGUGGAUUACAAAUGGUUAUCAAGCUGACUGGAUGUGUCUUUUGGCUAAUACAAGACAAGAUUCUCCUCAUAAAAACAAAUCAUUGAUUUGCGUUCCGUUAAAUCUUCCUGGUGUCCAUAAAGCACGUAAAAUACCCAAAAUGGGUAAUUUAUCAUCUGAUACUGCUCAAAUUUUCUUUGAUAAUGUUCGAGUGCCCGUUAAAAAUAUCAUCGGAGAGGAAGGAAUGGGUUUUAUAUAUCAAAUGCUUCAAUUUGGUGAUGAACGACUGGUCGUUGGAUCAACAUCUACGGCUUCUGCCCAAAGAGCAAUCCAAGAUACCAUCGAAUAUUGUAAACAGCGAAAAACAUUUGGACAACCCUUGAUAAACAACCAACACAUUCAUUUUAAAUUGGCUGAAUUACAGUGUGAAGUAGAAGCCGUUCGAGCCUUAACAUAUCUUGCUGCAGAUAAAAUGAUUGAAGGUGAAGACAUAACCUAUUUGGCAUCAAUAAUCAAGCUCAAAGGAGGCCGAAUGUUGAGAGAAGUCGUUGAUGGUUGCUUACAAUUCUGGGGAGGAAUGGGUGGAAUGGGUUAUUCUGAAGAAAUGUUGAUUAGCAGAUUUUACCGAGACACACGAGUUAUCUCAAUAGCUGGAGGAGCUGAUGAAAUUAUGCUUGGAAUAGUUUGUAAAAUAAUGGGCAUUUUACCCAGAGCAAUCAAAGAGAAAUCAAAUUGAAUUUCGUUAUUUUUAUAAUUUUAAAAUCUUCUAUUGGUCUAUUAUCCAUUAUAAUUAUAAAAUUGUAUAUUCGUAUUUUUUGGAUAAAAAUAUUCAGUGGUGAUUGUUAUGAUUAACACAUGUAAUUGUCAAAUAAAUGAAAGAUAAACACAGAAAACUAUUAAAUUUAUUAAAUGACUAAA